AUGAGGAUUAACCGAAACCGGCAGGAAUCCGUAAGAGAUGGUUUCUGUGCAAGUGAAACCUUCACUUCUGCAGGCUUUUCUUAUGGGAAAAUUGGAAAGAUAACUUUGGCCUUUGUGGGUGCAUUCUUAGUGGAUAACUGUGGAAGAAAACCCCUACUGCUAGUUUCAGUAGGCACGUUCUUAGGCUGCUUUAUUGCAGCAAUAUCAUUUCUAAUGAAGGAACACAGCAUGCUUCAACAAUGGGCUCCAUUGUUCGUACUAUGUGGAUUGCUGAUCUUCGAUGGUUCAUUUGCAAUUGGAAUGGGAGCUGCGCCUUGGCCCCUCGUGUCGGAGAUAUUUCCUAUAAAUGUGAAGGGGCUAGUCGGGAGUCUGGUGAAUCUAGAACACUGGUUUGGUGCAUGGGCUGUUUCUUACACUUUCAAUUUCCUCAUAGAUUGGAGUCCUCCAGGUACCUUUUUUCUCUAUUCCGGAGUUUGUGCGGCUUCCAUCAUUUUUGUGGCCAGGAUUGUGCCUUAAACAAAGGGAAGAACCGUAGAAGAAAUACAAGCUUCCAUCAAUUCUUGAACCAAUUUUAUU